CUGUUAUUAAUUUGACAACAAAAAAAGUUUUUAAAUUAAAGACACACGUGCGAGAGCAUGGCAAAUCCAAAGAAAACCGCGGAAAAUGUGGAAAAACGAAAAUUACUAUGUUCCCAGGACCUGAAAUUCGUACGGGCAUUAGCCGGAAACGAGCAGAAAAUUCGCGAUCGCGCACUGAAAAACCUAAGAGAGUGGCUGCCCCAACGAAGCAUGCAAUUGCCGUUCGAGCAAGAGGACCUUCUACGCAUAUGGAAGGGCCUCUUCACGACGAUGUGGAUGUCUGACAAGCCGUUAGUGCAGGAGGAGUGCGCCGAGAGCAUAGCCAACUUGAUUCAUCACGUCGACGCGGAUUCCGCAUUGCUGUUCUUUAAAUGCGGAUUAACGACGAUGGCGAUCGAGUGGUUCGGCAUUGAUCAGUGGCGGUUAGACAAAUUCCUAAUGCUUGUACGACGAAUGUUACGGCACUGCUUUCAGUUUUUGAAAAGCACCGAAUGGAACAUGAACGAAAUCGAGUCGUUUAAUCGGGUGCUCGAGGACACUCUUCUGAAGACUAGCGGCUCGAGCUUUACCGGUUUGACCAUGCAUUUUACCGAGAUUUUCUUGGAGGAGCUAGCGAAGGUGUCCAAUGGAAAAAUUACGCAAGAAAACCUACUCGAAUUUUUAAAGCCGUUCGCGAAGCAUCUCGCAUCCCUCCACAAUGUGGGGCACAUUAGGCAUCUCACCAAGUGCAUUUUCGACCAUUUAAUGCAACAGUCGGACGCCGGUUUUGAGUACGAGGCGAGAUUUAGCGAAUGGAAACGACAAGGUUUUCCUGGUGGCAGUCUGGAUGCGAUGGAACGAAUGGAAAUUGACUUGGAUGACGAGGAGGAGGAGGACGAUGACGACGAGGAGCCCGAGGUUCUGGAUCCGAGAGCGGGCCAUGUCGAUGUUGUGUUGCCUCAGUUAAAAUUCGACCCCUCGGAGAUCUGCGAGCUGUUAAAUCAGCAUAAAUUGACAAAGCAGUCGACAAAGAAUGGAAGAAAAGCCAUUGCGGAAUUGUGUCAGAAAUUUGCACAACUGACGGAAGGAGAUUAUCCGCUUGGUAUAAAGGAAGUUCCCUUGCCGGAAAAAAAGGACUUCUUCAGUAUAAACAAGUCCUUGGACAGUUUAAGUCAGUUCGAGCGUCAACUUCGCGCGGAGAAGAAGAAACUUUUCAGCAGCGAACGGGUUCAGAACGGCGACAUUGCAUCCGAUGACGUCAUUAGUCCAGUUAAAUUACGCUCGGGCGCCACGAUCAACGGAGGCAUCUUCGCCGACAAACUGAAGCGGUUUAUAAAGAAGAGCGAGGGCAGAAUAAAAAAGCGGAAACUACUGAAAACGAGAAAACGCGCGAAGCACGACGCGCUCUGGGCGUACGAGAACGCGUUCGUGAGAAACUCGGGCCUGUGGGAGGUGCACAGAUUCAACUCGCCCAUGUCCGAAUCGCCACUACCGGUAAAAACGGGAUCGUCGACGAAGUUCGCCGAGAGCGAGAUAGUCGCGCGACCGGCGAAACCGAAACGCCAGACGCUCACGGCGAAGAACGAGAAAAAAGUGCGAAUCGCGCUGAAACUGAAUCAGUCGCAGGAGAUUCACGAGCACGUAGCGCAAUUGAAAAGCUCGCCCGGCAUCCCGUACGACGCGAAUAGGUUGCCCGAGAAGCCGCUGCUAAAACCGAACGCCAUUAAAAGUCCGAUUAAUCCAUUCUAUAAGAGGAAGAUGAAGUUUUAAUUCUAUUGUUUAUAAUACUAAUUAAUAAAACGUUUAAUUUGUAA